GAUUUAAACAAAUUUGGGUGAGCACUGUAUGAGGACAGACCGGCCUUUACGAUUUAUUAGAAGCUGAAGAAGCUGCAUCUCAGCUUUUAACAAGGAGACUCUUUAAACAGCUGGAGUGGUUUAUAAUUCCUGUUGAGUUAGGAGCAUUCGAGCACUUACCCGACAGUAAGCUCACACUUGCGUAUAUUAUAGUUGGCCUUUGGUCUCCCUGUUCUAGGCGCUCCUUCUCUGCCGGGAACUUUCAGGAGCUUUCUUAUCAUGAAAAGGCAUCAAGCCGUCCGGAACGGGGACUAGGGGACACUCACCGCUCCCGAACCGGAUGGACUGGCAGCGAUCGCGGCACCAAGGUGAGUGUCCGAUCGGAACGUUGCUUGGGAAAUAUGGAGAGCAUGGAAUGAAGGACCAGCAAUGGUGAAGUCUUCACCAUUCCUUAAACAAGCAUGAUGAAAACAGAGGGUUCUGGGGAAAGGUCCACCCUGCGGAGUGCUUCUCCCCAUCGGAACGCCUACCGAGCCGAGUUCCAGGCCCUGAAGAAGGCCUUCGACCAGCCCAGGCAGGAUGGAGAACAUAAACACAAGGACCCAGAAAGGGCCAAGCAGCCGAGAGGUCGGCAGUAUGGCAGCCACGUCAGCCGGAUUAAGGACAUGUUCAUGCAGAUGGGGACAGAUAACGCCGGACCGGCCUGCAAGAGCAAAGUACAGGACGAGCCUUCGCCACAGAAGAUCACCAAACCCACCAACUUCGUCAACAGAGCCGACGGCUCCGUGGUCAAACUGCAGCCCGCGCUCGUUGAACGCACCGCCAAGUUCACGGAGGCCAGGAAGAUCUUCGAGCAGAGCACCCGCGAGACAUCGCAGUCGCCGGUGUACUGCUCCGGCCGUGAGAAGAGAAGCCUGCAGGACCAUGCGGAAGAGUGGAGGGGCACGCGCUCAAACCGGGGAAGCACGGACUCCCUGGACAGCCUGUGCUCGAGGACGGAGGCCGCGUCCCCCACCGUGAGCCAGCUGAGUGCCGUCUUCGAGAAUGCCGACCAGCAGCAGGCCGUGGGACUCAGGAGGAGCACCGGGCGCGCUCUAUACUCCCCCGAUGGCUUCCACCGACACGCCGAGCUCAGCGAAGACGACGCCAGCUCCCGUCAGUCGCCGUCUCGCGGCAGCCACAGACACCGCGGCGGUAAGCAGACCAUUCCCCCAUCAUCAUCCUCGGAGGAUCUGCUCAGUCCCAGUCCCCUGUCAGAGGUGGCCGAUGGUGGCCAGGCUGUCCCGGAUGGUCCCCGGCAGAAGGAGGAGGAGCCGAAUGAAACAGAAGCAGAUCAGGGAGACAGCGAAGGUGUAGGUGAGGGAGAGCGGCCGCAGAAUCUGCAGAAGCAGGUGGGCACCUUGACUGAGGCCGUGGGAGUAAGCACAGAGGCGGUGGUUUGUGACGCUGUCGCCGAGAAUGCUCCAGACGCAGUGGCCAACGAAGUCGAGCGAGACAGGCAAGGUCACGCCGCGCAAGGCCAGGCGAAAGAUCCCGACGAGGACUACACCGGCAACGAGAGGGUGAUUUACAACGCGGAUGGCGAUGCUUGUUACCAAGGCUGGGGAGAGAGCUGCACAGACCCUGAGGAUGACGAGGACACAUGCUACGACCCGGGCCCCGAGAUCACGGAAAUCCCCGGCUUGCCGGAAGAACCGGAAGACGAGAUCCCCAAAAGGAGGAAAAUCAGAUUCAGUACUGCGCCAAUGACGGUGUUCAACACGUACUCAAAUGAGGAUUACGACCGGAGAAAUGAGGAGGUCGACCCAGUGGCUUCCUCUGCGGAAUACGAGCUGGAGAAGAGAGUGGAAAAGCUGGAACUUUUCCAAGUUGAGCUGGAAAAAGACGAUGACGGCCUGGGAAUCAGCAUCAUCGGGAUGGGAGUUGGUGCUGAUGCAGGCCUGGAGAAGCUGGGCAUCUUCGUCAAGACUGUCAUUGAAAAGGGGGCCGCGGAGAGGGAUGGCAGAAUCAAGGUUAACGACCAGAUCGUGGAGGUGGACGGGACCAGCCUGGUGGGGGUGACCCAGAGCUUCGCUGCGUCCGUCCUGAGGAACACCCAGGGCGUGGUCAGGUUUGUGAUUGGCCGAGAGCGGCCCGGCCAGGUGAGCGAAGUCGCCCAGCUGAUCAGCCAGACGCUGGAGCAGGAGCGGCGGCAGCGGGAGAUGAUGGAGCAGCAAUAUGGGCAGUACGACGCAGACGACGACGAGACAGGGGAAUACGCCACGGAUGAGGACGAGGAGGCAGGCCGGGCCCUAACGGGCGGGGAGAUGACCAUCGAGGUGUUCGACUUGCCAGAAACCGAGGACAUGUAUUCGCCCUCAGAGGCGGACGCCACCAAACUCUCGCAGAAGUUCCGUGAGCUGCAGAUCAAGCACACCGUUACUGAGGUAGAGAUACAGAAGCUUAAAAACAAGCUCCAGGCUGUGGAGAAGGAGAAGCAGCGCUGGGAGAAGGAGAAGGCCCAGCUGAGGCAGAGCAUAGAAGACAACAAAGAGAGGAUGAUGAAGCUGGAGGGCUACUGGAUCGAGGCACAGACACUCUGCCACACGGUCAACGAGCACCUGAAGGAGACCCAGAGCCAGUACCAGGCCCUGGAGAAGAAAUACAACAAGGCCAAGAAGCUGAUUAAAGAUUUCCAGCAGAAGGAGCUCGAAUUUGGCCAGAAAGAGGAGGCUGAGAGGAAGAAGCUGGAGGACGCUGACAAGGCUCAUUUGAUAGAGAUCCAAGGAUUGCAACAGAGGAUCUCAGAGCUGGAAGCAGAGCUGGGGCAACUGAUAAAGCAAAAUGGCACCCAGGUGAACAGCAACAACAACAACAACAGUGUGAGGAGCUCCGAGGGUCAACAGAGGCCCUCACAGACUGUUCUCAGCCAGGCGAUUCCGGAGGCACGGCGGUCAGGCAGCGAGGUCCCCAAGGCUCACAUCCAGCUUCCGGCAAAGACCUACGGGCAGAGAUUCCCCAGAGUCCCAGGGAGAGGCAGCGCCAGCUACACAGAGGGGAACGAUGACUGUGAGAUGAAGGCGUCUGAAGGGUGCAGCAACAAUACCUCCGGACCCAGAGCCCAGUCGGCAGGUUCAGCGCCGGAUGCAGCUAGGGAGAGCCGUGAACAAGGCUGUCAGUCCCGGAAGGGUUCUAGCUCGUCGCUGGUCCAGGGGGAGAAAGCCAGCAGGAGAAUCCUCAAUCUCAGCUCCACAGAGCCCUCAGCAGAGAGCAGCCCGGAGAGACACAGGAACAAGAAAUACCUGUCGUGGCCCAAUUUCUUCUCUUAUUCAUAUAAUGUGAGCUCGGUUCAGAACGAGGACCCCGGUAAUAUGGACUCGGUGGAUUUCAGAGGGCCAGUGGCUGAACCCAAAAGUCUGGGACGCUCACACGCCUCACCGCUGUCAUCAGAUGAGAGCUUGGAUAUGAUGGACAACGAGGAGGUGGUCGAGAAGAUAUUGGAGGAAGACCAGUCCCCCAAAGACCACCACUGGCAGAAUCGCAGUGUCCUGGAGUGGAAUUGCCAGCAGGUAUCCCAUUGGCUGAUGGGCCUCAGCCUGGAGCAGUAUGUCCCAGCAUUCACUGCCAAGAACAUAGAUGGAGAGCACCUUCUACAGAUGGACAGCAGCGGCCUUAAGGACCUGGGUGUGGUGUCUUCUCAAGACCGUGCUCUGAUCAAAAGGAAGGUGAGGGACCUCAAAGCUAUCAUGGAGAAGGCUCGGAAGAGCCGGGAGAAGCUGGAGAAGCACAUGGAGAAGCUACGCAGGAAGAAGACGGAGCAGACGCAGAAGCUGGCGUGGAAAGGCGGCGGGCCCUCUGCAGCGCCAGCAGAGGGCGCCGUCGAGUAGCCUGCCAAGGCUUGCGUGUUCCUCAAAGCAGCACUCCCUACUGUAUGGAGACAGAGCAAGACCUUUGCUAAAGAAAAACUACUUUCAAGUAUUACUUUCAAAAGGCUGCUGAUGGCGAGGGGAAGAGCCAGAGUCCUACGCCUGGAUGUGACUGGAGACGCUGGACCCUUUCCUUGUUGCACUCGUCCUUCAGUUUUAGGGAGUUCCCUCAUCGUUCACUCCUUUUUUGA